GCACAUUUCACAUAUUUGGUGUGAGCAAAGUAGAGCGAGGGAAAGCAUAGCAAUGGAGGUUGAGAAGACAGAUAAGAACAUUACAGAGGAUCAUGAUGAGUCUAAGAUCAUCUACAGAGGAUGGAAAGUUAUGCCUUUCAUCAUUGGAAAUGAGACGUUCGAGAAGUUGGGGAUAGUUGGGAGUUCAUCGAAUUUGGUUAUAUACUUCACGACGGUUUUUAACAUGAAGAGCAUCACCGCGGCGAAGGUCGUCAACAUCUACAGCGGCACAAGCAACUUCGGCACCAUCGUUGCAGCUUUUCUCUGUGACUCCUACUUCGGCCGCUACAAAACCCUAUCUUUUGCCAUGAUCGCUUGCUUCCUCGGUUCUGUGGCUAUGGAUCUAACGGCUGCGAUUCAUCAGCUGCGUCCAGCUAAAUGCACUAAGGAUAUAGGAAGCGUGUGCAGUGGGCCAUCCAUCGGACAAAUUAUGUUUCUUGCCGGAGCAAUGGUUUUGCUGGUGAUCGGAGCCGGUGGGAUUAGGCCGUGCAAUCUUCCUUUUGGUGCUGAUCAGUUUGAUCCGAAGACAAAAGAAGGGAAACGAGGGAUUGAUAGUUUCUUCAAUUGGUAUUUCUUCACCUUCACGUUUGCUCAGAUGGUGUCGUUGACGCUCAUCGUCUAUGUUCAGUCAAAUGUGAGCUGGAGCAUUGGCUUAGCCAUCCCAGCUAUUCUAAUGUUAGUUGGUUGCAUAAUAUUCUUCGCCGGUUCUAAGCUCUAUGUCAAGGUUAAAGCUAGUUGCAGUCCCAUUCACAGCAUAACGCGUGUCAUUGUUGCCGCGGUCAAGAAGAGGCGGUUAAAGCCCGUUGGGUCUAACGAGCUUUACAACUACAUUGCAAAGGAUUUUAAGAACUCAAAACUGAGCCAUACAGAACAGUUUAGGUUUCUUGACAAAUCGGCCAUCCCAACGCAAGAGGACAAGCUGAACAAAGAUGGUUCGCCGGCGGAUCCAUGGAAACUCUGCAGUAUGCAACAAGUGGAGGAAGUAAAAUGUGUGAUCCGUGUGCUUCCGGUUUGGCUCUCAGCCGCCUUAUUUUACCUAGCUUACAUUCAACAAACAACCUACACAAUCUUUCAGUCUGUUCAAUCCGAUAGACGCCCCGGUUCAGGAAGUUUUCAGAUCCCUGCCGCGACAUAUACCGUCUUUUUAAUGCUUGGAAUGACAGUAUUCAUACCUAUCUAUGACCGCGUCCUUGUACCUUUCCUUAGAAAAUACACAGGCAGAGACGGUGGUAUAACACAACUGCAGAGAGUUGGAGCAGGAAUAUUUAUAUGCAUCACAAGUAUGAUGGUAUCUGCAAUAGUAGAACAAUACAGAAGAAAGGUAGCUCUCACAAGGCCAACACUAGGGUUUGCCCCGAGAAAAGGUGCAAUCUCUUCGAUGUCUGGUAUGUGGCUGAUUCCUCAGCUAGUGCUAAUGGGUAUUGGGGACGCCCUUGCUGGUGUUGGACAAAUGGAGUUCUACUACAAACAGUUUCCAGAGAACAUGAGAAGUUUCGCUGGUUCUCUGUAUUAUUGUGGAAUUGGACUGGCUAGCUACCUCAGCACCUUUUUGUUAUCAGCAGUGCACGAUACUACAGAGGGGUUUUCGAGAGUAAGUUGGCUUCCGGAAGAUCUAAACAAGGGGAGAUUGGAGUACUUCUAUUACUUGGUUGCUGGUAUCAUGACUCUAAACUUUGCCUAUUUCUUGUUAGUCUCACAAUGGUACCGUUACAAAGAUGUUGUGACCAAGGACAAUGACAUGGACAAGUCUUCUGAUGAGUUUGAUAAAAUUUGAGUGUAAUAAAGAUCUAUACUUUGGCUC